AUGUCAAAAUCGAUGGAAAAAGCUAUUGGAUUGAUGUUCAUGAGAGGUAUAGAAAAAGCUGAACAAGAGAAACUGAAGAAGAAGAAGAUCAGAGAUUCAAAGACGUUAUGUGUGGGAAGCUACUCAAGAUCACAUGAUGGCUCAGGACCAGGAGCACCUCAAGGUCCUGUGAAGAAUCAAAGAAUUCCAGGAGGACCUCGUGGUCGUCACUGCGGCAGACGUGUUGCCACCUUCGUCAUGCAAGUUUGCGGACAAAUAUGUGAGCCGAAUUUCGCCUACGAGCUUGCGACUCAGUGCUGCUCUCAGAAAUGUGAUGCCGACACUGUCAAGAAGGUUUGCUGCUUCUCCUACACGCCAACUCCGCCUAGUGGACUCCGUUCUCCCAUGUAUCUUUAA